AGCUACGGCCAGGCGAGCGUGCAACACCAGUCACAAUGUGAACUUGGUGCUAGAGCUAGCUGUGCAGUGUAUUCCUGUAGAACCUAGGCAAGUAAAGUGACAAGUCUAUACCGCAUUUAGUCAUCACUUCACUUUGUGGCGAAGGUUAUUAUCAGAUUCAAUGCCCUGCUUGCGUUGACCUUUUUGCAGUUUGGAGAUCUGUGGAACGUAGACUUGUUGAACAACCAGAUAAAAAGAUGGGAGAGGAUGAUGAUGAAGAUGACGUCUUCUUUACCGAAGAGGAUUAUGAGAUGUUCUCUUUGAGCAGAACACACAACGUUCGAGCCCGUCGUCAUGAAGAAACCAAAGCUUCAAAAAAUUGGCGGGAUGUGGUUGCCAAAGAGAAGGAGAAGAAGCAGCCUAAGAAACAACCCAAACAGGCGAAGAUCACCAACCCUCCCAAGGAACCUAUCACGCAACAACAGAACCCACCUUCAGCAGCUGCACCCAACCUCAGCUCCAAGAAGCCACCUCAAGCAGCUGCACCCGACAACCUCAGCUCCACCAAGAAGCCAAAGCCCAAGGUCGCAGGGAACGUGUACAGUCUUCUCUCGCCGGACCCAAAGGUCAGGUACCCCACCUUCUCUCGCUUGACGCUCGCACAGCACAAGAAGUUCCUGGAACUCCAAGCCAAGUAUGGGUCAAAGGGCGCCAGGGUCACGACCUCCAAGCAGUCGGCAGAACAUCAGCAGUGGAGGCAACUUGGAGCCCAGAUAUACCAAGAUCAACAAGACUUCAACUCAUUUGCAGAGUACAUAGCUAAAAACCAGCCAGAAAGUUACAUCUCUUUGCCAACUGGAGCUGUGAAAUACCUCAAGGAUUCAUUGAAGAGAAAUCUGGAAAGAGUGGAAUCCCUUCCUCGGCACUACGCAGUUCUGCAGACUGUCACUCUUAACCCAGGAGUACCGUUACCGUCGGAUCCCACACUUCAGAGAAUAGGAUCACCAGUCUUUGUGGGAAAGCCUACAGAAUUGGUCGUCCCACCACUGGAAGAUCGGAAGGUGAUUUUGAAAACAUUGGGAACUGAAGGCGAAAAUCUAUCAGAAGUGCAAGAAGAUGUGACCAACCAGAAUAACUGCCAGAAACUCGCAGAGGUGUACAAGGCAGACAUUGUUGUCUCUGCCGGCAGCUUCUUCACCCUCGUGAACAACCAUGCACCCCUCUAUGAGCAUCAAUGGGAGAUUCCAUUAGAGGUCAAAGAGAGGCCCACAGGGAAGGUGGCAUUUAUCGAAGAGCCAUUGAUGAGACAUCUGUAUUACCCGCACGAUGCAAGUGGUCUCUACCACAACCUGGUACUGAAGCAGAUGCUGGCAACUGGAGGCAACGAGAAGUACUGCAAGACGUCAGACAGGACAGAAGAAGAUGUCCUUGAGGGCAUAAUGCAUGAAAAACUGGAUACCACACUUCCGGAGGAGCCUGAAACGGAAGAGGAUGUGGAUGAGUUUGGCUCUAUGUCCUUGACUGACCUAGAGACCUUUGGGAGUGACCUUCGAAGUCCUACGUCCAAGGCACCAGAGAAGGAAGAGAGAACGGAGGAGUCGAAAGUGGAACUUGGAGUGGAGUGUGAAGGAAAGGAGUCCUCAAAUGUUGUGAAGGUUGAAAGCAGUCCCAUGGUGAUUUCUGAACAGACUCCAGCCGAUGGUACUGAUCUAGUGGAUCAUGGAAAGUCCUUGAGUGGUGAUGAUGUUAAGAUGGAGUGUCUAGAUGACACUAAAUCAAGUAAUAGUGGAAAUAUUAGUUUAGAUAGAAGCCUUUCAUCCGAGGACACCAUUCAGGCAUCCCUUGACUCUUCAGCACAAAAUCAGAACAACAGUGGUGAUGAGAAGGAAGCGCUGAUAUUGGCAGCAGCUUCAAAGAGGAAAGUUGUCAAGGUUGUUGUUCCCAGGAGGUCAACAAGUAUUGAUGAUGAUACUGCUUUGGAAACAGAUCAGGCAUGUGUUGCUCAGUCACAAGAGUUACAGGGUGUGGAAGACACCAAAGAUAAAUUAGACAUUACCAUGGAGGAUGGAGAUGAAGAAAAUAUAAGUACUGUUCAGGAAAGUCAGCACAAACCUGAUGUGAGGCUAAUGAGCGAUAGCAGCGACGAUGGUCAUAAUUUAGUCAUCAUGAUGGAGUCCGAUGCAGGGAGCAGCCCAUCCUCAACAAGAGACGGGCCAUCCUCAACAGGGCCCGAGAUAACAGGUAAAUCUGCGGAGGAAACCACUUUGCAGAUAAGGGACAAGGAACAAGAAGACAUGGUAAAGGAAGAAGUGAUUGUAGGGGGUGAUCAAAGACAGGUUGAUGUAAAACCAGAGCUAGAAGAUGUGGGCAAGGCAAAAGUAGUAGAACACAUUGCUAAGGAUGAACAGACAAACAGGAAACCUGAUGAAGAAGUGCCUGAUGGAAGGAUAGCUACAAGGAGAAGUUCUCGUAUCAGGAAGCAAAGUUCCAGCGAUGGGAACACUAGUGCUGGACAAGUGGAAGAAGUGCCAGUUAAAAAAAAGAGGGGAAGGCCCAGGAAACAACCGGGCAAGGAGGAGCAGUCGGCCUCGACUGAAGUAAACAAAGGUAGGAAAGACAAUGAUGAGAAUCCAGUCACAGAACACAAGAUAUCCCCAAAAAGUUUGGCUUGUGGACAGGUUGAAAAGGGAAAAGACUAUGGGACUGUGAGGAGUCUAAGAAUCAGAAGUAGAAAAGACAAUUCUGCAGACAGUGGGAAAAGUUUUGACCAAAAUAAGGAUGGUGCUGUUGUGUCAAAGAGGCAGGAAACCACUGUAGUGAGUACAGAAGAUGGUGCUAAUUCUAAGGUAGCCAUGAAGAGAAAAGGGACACCAAAGAAAGGUUCAUCUGCAAGGUCAAGCACACCCAGGAAGCCAGGAAAUAAAGACCAAGGUGAGAAGAACAAAGCAGAGUCGACCAUUGAUGAAAUCAUGCGGCUCCAGGAGAAAAUGCUCACCAGACAGAAGUCAAAUGGUCAACAACAACACUCUCAAGGUCAACCUCAAAGUCAUGGCUCUCAAGGUCAACCUCAAAGUCAUGGCACUCAAAGUCACGAACAAGGUCAUCAAGGAAGUCAUGAAGCCAUUGGUGCCGAAGAGACGCAACAAGCUGUGACAGGUUUCUUGCCUGAAGGUGUGGACUUGGAGCCUCCGAUUGAAGGAAGCUGGGCCUAUAGCCUCUGGAAGUUUGGCAGAUUACGACUCCUUACACAAAGCAAAUGUCCUGGCACAUUACAGGGUGAGGUUGUGAGUGUGGGUGAGAAGAUGGAGUAUCAGUCGGGUCUUGGCCUAGAGAUGCAAACAGCCAGUGACCUGACUAGGAUGUGGCUCAACCUCUCCCUUAACCCAGGUUCAAAGUUCCUCAGAGGAAGAAUAGAUUCCAGAACAUCAGAAAUCCUAAGCUGGGAAUGCCUAGAUGGCUCAACCAUGGGUCAGCCACAACAAACAUUCAGCCCCGGUAUGUGCAUGAAGGUACUGUAUCUAAUCCUUGGCAAGUUAGCGGCUUUAUCCGAGGGCAGAUACCUGCUGAGGCACAGACCUGGAGACGCUCAUAUCUGCAUCUACCAGUGCGUGGACCCAAUCGCCAAGAAUGUACGGGCACCGUAUGACCUUCAUGCAGCUCAUAAAGCCAGUCAGCUGAUGACAUCACUUCCUCCCACAAUCCCCUGGGUACCUCUGGAUCCCAGUGCCCCGUAUCGUAGCAACAGAUGGAGGGGCUGUGUCCCUCUCACCUUCCCGCCUUCUCCUCAAAACUUCAAGCAUCCAUCAACCCAGCAUGGUGGCAAACACAGAAAGAAGAAUAAGAAGAAGAAAAGAUGAACCCAGGGGAACUGCCUGCAUAUCAGUACUAAACUAUAUCCUCUUGCUGUGUAGAUAUAUGUUGUAGUGGUGUGGUUUAAGCACUUGACAUGAAAUGCAAAGGUCA